AUGGCGGGCUUCCCUCGCUUCCGGUUCCUGGCGAUUGCCAUGGUCUUUCAUUUCGUCUACAUCUUCUCCAUCUUCGACAUCUACUUUGUCAGCCCCGUGGUGUCUGGCAUGCGGCUGUUCCAGGUAGACCGUCCCGCCGAAGCCAAAGCCCCCGCAGAGCGUCUCGUCUUGUUUGUCGGUGACGGCCUGCGCGCCGACAAGGCCUUCCAAGCACUUCCCGAGCCCUACCCGAAGAACGACGACGAUCUGAUUCCGCGCCACCUCGCGCCUUUCCUCCGCUCCCGGGUCCUCGAGCACGGCACCUUUGGCAUCUCGCACACUCGUGUUCCCACCGAGUCUCGUCCCGGUCAUGUCGCCCUUAUUGCAGGCCUAUACGAAGACGUGUCGGCCGUCACCACGGGCUGGAAGCUCAACCCCGUCAACUUUGACAGCGUUUUCAACCGGAGCCGCCACACAUGGAGCUGGGGCAGUCCCGACAUCCUGCCCAUGUUCGAACAAGGCGCCGUGGCAGGCCGUGUCGACGCCGACCACUACAGCGCCGACGACGAGGACUUUUCGUCCGACUCGACCAUCCUCGACUACUGGGUCUUUGACCACGUCAAGGAGAUGUUCGCCGCGGCCCGCACCAACGAGACCCUGGCCGCCAGCCUGCGCCAGGACAAGAUUGUCUUCUUCCUCCACCUGCUCGGCCUCGACACGGCCGGCCACGGCUUCCGCCCCUACUCGAGCGAGUACCUGAACAACAUCAAAGUCGUCGACCAGGGUGUCAAGGAGAUCACAGAGCUGAUUAACGAGUUUUACAACGACGACCGGACCGCCUUUGUGUUUACGGCCGACCACGGUAUGAGUGACUACGGCAGCCACGGUGACGGCCAUCCCGACAACACGCGGACUCCGCUUAUUGUGUGGGGGUCUGGCGUGGCGCCACCGUUGGUGUACCCUGAGGGCGAGGGCAAGGACACGGUCGAGGCCGGCCUGGCGCCCGGCCACGACGAGUACUCAUCCGGCUGGGGCCUCAGCCACAUCCACCGCCACGAUGUAGCCCAAGCUGACGUUGCUGCGCUCAUGGCUUACCUUGUUGGCCUCGAGUUCCCCGCCAACUCGGUCGGUGAGCUACCCCUUGACUACCUGGCUGCUCCCAUCGAUGAGAAGGCCAAGGCAGCCCUGGUCAACGCGCGCGGUAUCCUCGAGAUGUACCGCGUCAAGGAGGAACAGAAGAGCCGUUCACAGCUGCGUUUCCGCCCCUACAAGCUGCUCAGCAACGAGGAUGGCGGCAGCAGCACCGACCAACGCUUUACCGCCAUUGAGCAGUUGAUCGAAGCCGGCCACUACGAGGAGGCGAUUGAGGAGGCUGCGGCGCUGCUCAAGGUUGGCCUGGCUGGUCUGCGCUACCUCCAGACCUACGACUGGCUGUUCCUGCGCGCCCUCAUUACCAUCGGUUACCUGGGCUGGAUGGCCUAUGCGCUGACGACAGUCAUUGACCUGCACGUCCUCGACGACACGACACGCCCGCUGCCCUCGCGCAAUCUGGCCGGCACGAUCUUCUUCUCGUCGACGCUCUUGGCUCUGUAUGCAUCUUUCUUUGCCUCGAGCUCACCGGUCUCGUACUACGCCUACGCCUUCUUCCCCGUCUUCUUCUGGGAGGCCGUCUAUUCACGCCGUGCCAGUCUUGCUGCCGGCCGCAAACAGCUUGCUCGCACCCUCGACGCCACCGCGUCUGGCAGUUCGCGCAACGCUCGCUUUGUGUCGCUUAUUUUCAACGCUGCCCUCUAUAUUGCCAUUAUCGAGUCACUGGCCCUCGGCUACAUUUACCGCGAGAUUUUCACGCUGCUCUUCGUCCUGGGCGCCUUCUGGCCGGCCGUCCACGGCAUUUCUUUCCUGCAGCAGCACUUUACCCUGGCGGUGUUUUGGUUUGUGUCGUGCUUGUCCAUGAGCACGUUUACGCUCCUGCCGGCCAUGAAGACAGAGAACAUUGGACUGAUCAUGCUAGGAGGCACCCUUAUGGUCAUCAUUGGCGUCGCAUACCUUGUCUUUGAGGACACCAUUCUCAACGACUUUACCGCUGUGAAGAAGGUCAAGUCGGCCGCUGCGGUUGCCGCCAAAGACCCCAUCCGUGAGGCGCUGCUUGGUGCCCAGAUUGGCCUGAUCGUGCUGUCUAUGUGGGUGACGCGCUCCAGCGCACUCUCGCUGCAGGCCAAGCUCGGUCUGCCCCGGGGCAACCAGAUCGUAGCCCUGCUCAUCUUUUUCAUCUCCAUCCUGGUCAUGCCGCUCCUGCACCGCUCGCGCCCUAGCAACAACUAUCUGUACCGCCUGAUGGUUGUCUUCUUGACAUUUGCCCCGACGUUUGUCAUCCUGACCAUUUCGUACGAGGGCCUCUUUUACGUGGCCUUUAGUGCGACGCUGUUCGCCUGGGUCCGCAUGGAGCACGCCGUCUAUGCGGAUUCUGUGCAAUCCCAGAAGUCGCAGACGGAUGAGGAACCCAAGACGACGCAGCAACAGCCGCAGUCAUCGCAAAAGAAGCAGCCCUCAAAGAAAACGGCAGCGGCAACCAAGGCCAACGGCACCAACGGCUCAGCAAAGGCUGUGACUGAGUCUUCAUCAGCAUCUGCCUACCGCUCGCUGACCGUCGCCGACGCCCGUGUCGUGCUCUUCUUCUUCAUCCUGCUCCAGUCGGCCUUCUUCAGCGCCAGCAAUGUCGCCUCCGUCUCCUCCUUCAGCCUCGAGAGCGUCCAGCGUCUUGUGCCCGUCUUUGACCCCUUUUCCCAGGGCGCCAUGCUCACUCUCAAGCUGCUCGUGCCCUUUGCUCUCAUCUCCGCCAACCUGGGCAUCCUCAACAUGCGCCUCGGCGUCGCGCCGUCGUCCCUCUUCAUGGCUGUCAUGGCCAUUAGCGACGUCCUCACCCUCUACUUUUUCUGGGUCGUCAAGGACGAGGGCUCCUGGCUCGAGAUUGGCUCCACCAUCAGCCACUUUGUCAUUGCUAGUCUGCUGUGUGCCUUUGUCGCAGGCCUCGAGGGCGUGAGUGCCUUGUUUGUGUCGGGUGUCGAGGUGGUCAACCAUCAUGCAGAGGCUGUGCAGUAA